AGGGAGGUUCGGCUCUGACCGACCCGCCCGUCCCCGCCGCGGCGGCCGCGCGGCAGCCCCGAGGUCCAAGUGGGCCCUUCAGGCCCCGCGGGUCCCCCCGCGGCGGGGCGCCGAUGCUCGCCCUGCGCAGCGGCCACGGCGCCCGGGCUCUGGGCCCGCGGCUGGGGCGCCCGCUGGAGCCUGCGGGCGCAAGGGGCAUCGCCAAGUACGCCCGCAAGGGCGUGUGGGCCCGCGGGGAGGACGGCGAGUACACUAUGGACGACCUGCGCAUCUUCACGCCGGGGAUGCGCCGAAAGUAUCCCUACCACAAAGUUCGGGUGCCGAGCAAACCGUACAUGUGCGCGCGGCACUCGGCCCCGUCGCCACCAGGCAGCGCGGUGAAGCUGGCCAUCAGCUACAUACCCUGGAGCGGCGCGGAUACUUUCUACCGGCUCAAGGCCGCGCUACUCGACCGCCUGCCGGGCGCGCAGAUCAUCGGGAACGCGAACCCGAACCUGCGGGAGAUGACCAUGGACCCGGAGAGCCCGAUACCGGCGCUGCGGGCGGGCAUGGCCUUGCGCGUCAUGCGCCUCAACGACCGGCGGGUGUUGUUGGGCCUCCAGGGAGAGGGCCGUGCGGCCGAGGCGCUCGCGGCGCCAGCGCUGGACCGCCUGGCGGCCGAGGCAGCGGACAACUUCGACUGGCGCUAUGGGCCGCCCGAGUAGCCGCGCGAGGGGCCGCUCGGGGAGCGGGCGCUGUCGGCGUGAGCAGCCCCCCUCUCGUGCUCCGGGCUCCCUCCUUCGCUCCGCUGGAGCCCGCCCCCUCUCUCCAUUCCCCCCUGGGCGCGCCGUCGAGAGCAGACUUUUCGUCCACGCCGAACGCCCGAAAGCAGCUUGGACUCGGAGGAAUCAGGGAGCCUGCAGCUCCGCGGAGCCAGAGUCCGAGCCUCCAGCCGCCUCGCCUCCCUCGCUCUCCCGGCGCCGGCGCCGCGCCUCUGCGAGGCGCUCUGCCCAGGCCGCCCACUUUUCCAGCGUCUCCGUCGAGCGGCGGCCUUCAUCAUCCGCCAUCCGGCCUCCCUCGUCUCCCCUCGCUCCCUCAAUCCACCCCACUCCUGGGUUCUUCCUUCUCCUCCACCACCCGUGAGCUUGCUAUGCUCGUGGGCAGUUUCGUGGCGGCGGACGUUGGCCAUGGCAUGUUCAAAAAUCAGGCAUGUGUGGCUGCUUGUGGAGUGUUUGCAGUGC